AUGGAUGCUCACUUUCAGCUUUGGGGAUCACUUUGCUGAUCCCAGUGGAAAGUUUGGAGCGUCUAACAGGACUCUUCCUGUGUGGGUGCCCUGAACUCAAGAGUUCUCAGCCCUGAGAGUUGGUGGCCUCUCAGCCUCUUUGAGAAUCAGCAGAUGCUUCAAAGGGAAAGCUCCACACCUUCUUCUUAGGAUCUUGACUCCACAAAUCCUCACUAGUUGGUAGCUCACCACUGUCAUCAGGGAGUACGUUUGUAUGUGUGUGUGUUUCUCAGCUUCAACUCAAAUUGACGUACUGAUCUCAAUCUCGUUCUGAGCUUGAAGUGAAAAGUCAGUUUUGGGAGGGUGCCCAGAGCAAAUUUCAUCUAGUCCAAAUCCCAUCCACUUAUGCAAAAAAUUUCAUAUAUUCUGUAGUUGAGAAGCUUAAGUGAAAAGUAAAUUUUGAUGUAUUAUGAAUUCAGUGCUGUUAGAAGGAUCUGUGGUUUAAGCCAAAAAGUACCAGUUUUUUAAAUUAGAUUUUUGACAAGAUUGAAAUUAUUGAAGCUGGGUUUUUUAUCCUUUAACCAGAUUCUCUUUGAAAUGGGAUGUUAUGUAACUUUCCCCAGGUUCCCAGAUAGGAGGUGACUGAGGGGGAGUCCCAUCCAGGCCCUGGGCUCUUGUCCUCAAGCCCACACACUUUCCACAGUCCCAGGACCUGGUGCCAUCAACCUGUGGUCCAUGUGGGUGUAGGUGGGUCAUGGUGGAGGGGAGGAUCAGAGGAUGCCUCACUGUGGCAGUGAGGGUCCCUCAAGACACAGGGCAGCCUUUUCACAGGAAGGAUUAUUUUCUCAUCCCCAGGAAGGAAAAGGCACUUUGGAGCUGUGUCUGCUUUCUGACCCAGAGAGUUGCUGAGCUUGGCUUCACACCCUGGAGCUGCUGAGGGCAGUGAGUCGCCCAGCUGCUCUAUGAUAGGCCGCAGGAGUGGAGGAAGCCUCUCUGAACACCUGCCUGCACCCCAGAGUCCUGCAACAUCCAGGACAGGAAGGAGGGAGACCCGAGGGUGCACCUGCUACUCAGCGCAGAGACCCAGUAGCCCGGCCUCCUAAGAAACCCACCUCAGUGCAGCCCCGAUGACUGUGGCAGCGGCCCUGGCUGGACUCCAGGCAGAAGCCAAUUGUUCCAUCUGUCUGGAGGGCCUGAGAGACCCCGUCACCACUGAGUGUGGGCACAACUCCUGCCGCUUCUGCAUCCAGCGGUCCUGGGCUCACCUGGAGGACAGGUUCCCCUGCCCCGUGUGCCACCGCCCGUGCCAGGAGCGGCAGGUGAGGAGAAACACCCAGCUGGGCAGGAUGAUCCGUGUGGCCAGGCUGCUCCAGAGCAGCCGGAGCAACAGGAGGAGCUGCGAGGGCCCGCGCCCUUGCGAGCUGCACCGCCAGGUCCUGAGCCUCUUCUGCGAGGAACACGUGGAAGUGCUGUGUCCCCUGUGUGCACGGACCCCUGAGCACCAGGGCCACUUGAGGCCGGUGGGCGAGGCCGCGGCUGACCACCGGCAGAGGCUCAGCGCUUACGUGGAGCCUUUGAAGAGGCGGGUGGCAGAUGCCCACAGCCUGGUGGCCGCGCAGGACAGAAAGCUGCUGGAGCUGCGGGAGCUGGUGCAGCGCCAGCGGCUGGAGCUGGCCUCGGAGUUCCGGCAGCUGAGCCGGGCUGUGGACGGCGAGCAGGAGGCCGUCCUGGCGAGGCUGGUCCAGGAGGAGCAGGACAUCCGGGAGCAGCUGGGCGCCAACAUCACCGCCUCCUCAGACCACAUCUGCGAGCUGCGGGGCCUCCUGCACGAGGUGACAGAGAGAAGCGUGCUGCCUGGAGCCAGGCUGCUGAGUGGCAUCGGGGGCGUCCUGGGCAGGUGCGAGCGUCUGAGGUGCCCCGACGUCUACUCCUUCCAGCUGAGGCGGGAAGGCUGCAGCCUGCCCCCCCGCAGCACUCAGCUCUGCAGAAAAUCAUUCAGAAGUUCCGGGAGGGUGACCCUGGACCCCGAGACAGCGCAUCCCAACCUGCUCGUGUCCGAGGAUAGAAAGUCGGUGACGUUUGCGAGGAGCAGGCAGCUUUUUCCCCCAAGCGCGCACAGAUUCUGCACGGAGCCUGCGGUGCUGGACUCUGUGGGCUUUGCCAGCGGCGGGCGGUAG